UAACAUAAUAUUUGUGGAAAAAAAUUCAAUUCGAUUAUUUUUCCUAAAGUUUUGACGGCUUUAUUCGCUUAAGUGGUUUACUAAUUUUGUGCUUUCUUUAAAAGAUGGAGACAACAGUUCAAAUGAUGUACUACCUCGCAAAUCAAUUGUUUCAUGCUGCAGCUCAUGUUGGCAAUAGUUAUUGGAACCGGUAUAAAACCAGUAAAGAAGUUGAAAAUUUCCAUCAACUAUCUUCGACCACACAACAACCAUCAUCAUCACCACUAUCACCACCUACACUACCAUCAUCAUCACCAUUACCAACACCACUAACACCAUCACCACCACCAUCACCACCAUCACCAUCAUUAACACCACUACCACCAUCACCACCUACACUACCACCAUCACCACCAUCACCACCAUCAUCAUCACCAUCACCAACACCACCACCACUGUCACCACCGUUACAGCAAAAACAUCAGCUAACGGAACUUCCUGUGGAAAAUUGUGUAACAAUUCUAACAAGGGAUACAGCUGUAAUUGCUGAAAAAACGACUCGUCGUCAGGUUACCUCUAAAUCCCCAUUGAUGAUCUUCAACGAAUUGGUGAAGAAUAAAAAAAUACAGAUACAAGGACAUCAAUGUGGUGCGAAUAAUCACAUUACUAGUUAUACCGCGAUGUUUGAAAUUGGCGGUAAAACAUACACUGGAAAUCACAUUUCAAAACAACAGGCGAAACAGAAGGCCUGUGAAAAAUAUUUAAUGACAAUAUCUAAAGAUAAAUUAAUAAAAAAAAAUAAAGGAUCUCCUGAGAUAGAAGUUGGUGAAAACAUUAGCAAGUUAAAAACAAAAAGACCCCACCAGAAAGAUUUUCUAUGGUCACAAUUUGCAUCAUUUGCCAUGCACAACUUUAUAAAUCAACAGGAGUUAAACCCUUCUAUUAAAAUGGUUAAUUGUAUUCCAAAAGAAUCAACAGUCAUCAAACCACAACCUAAGACAGGGGAUACAGCUGUAAUUGCUGAAAAAACAACUCGUCGUCAGGUUACCCCUAAAUCCCCAUUGAUGAUCUUUAACGAAUUGGUGAAGAGUACAAACAUACAGAUACAAGGACAUCAAUCGGGUGCGAAUAAUCACAUUACUAGUUAUACCGCGAUGUUUGAAAUUGGCGGUAAAACAUACAUUGGUAAUCACAUUUCGAAACAACAGGCGAAACAGAAGGCCUGUGAAAAAUAUUUAAUUACAAUAUUUAAAGAUAUAAUAAAAAAAAAAGGAUCUCCCGAGAUAGAAGUUGGUGAAAACACUAGCAAUUCAAAAACAAAAAGUCCUCACCAGGAAGAUUUUCCAGGGUUACCAUUUGCAUCAUUUGCCAUUCGCCACUUGAUUAAUCAAUGGGAAGUAGAGUCGGUUGUCACAAGAGCCUAAUAUGUACAGGGUAAAAAAUGUUAUAGAGAAACAUAAGAAUAAUGUGUUUAAAUCAAUUUGGGAUUAUUGAUAUACUUGAUUAAAUCAAAUCAAAACAAUAUUAUUAAAGAAAUAUCCAUACUAAAGAAAAUUUGAAAAACUCAAAAUUUUUUUUAUUUAUAAACUAUUAUACAGGGUGAUUUUUUUAUCAAACAACACUUAUUAUUUCCAGAAGUAUUCAUUUUUUUACAUAGUUUCUAUUGUUAAAAAAAAAUAACGUUUUUAUAAAAAAAUUAUAUUUUUAAAUUUUUUUUAUCCUUAUAAUUUUUUAAGUUUUUUACUUUUUUGAAUGACAACAUAGUUUUUAAUUUCAUAUUCCAAAGCACAAUAAUUUUCUGAGUAUUUUGAUACAUAAAAAUCGAAUUUAGAGUGAGUAGUUUAUGAGUUAUACUUAUUCAAAGUUCAGACAAGCGGAGUAGUGGACAAACAUUUUGCGGGGUAACCACAACGGGGUAACUCCACUCCGCACAGCUAAACUUUAAAUACGUAUAAUUCAUAAACUACUCACCCUAAAUUUGAUUUUUAUGUAUCGAAUUACUCAGAAAAUUAUUCUGCUUUGGAAUAUGAAAUUAAAAACUAUGUUGUCAUUCAAAAAAGUAAAAAACUUAAAAAAUUAUAAGGAUAAAAAAAAUUUAAAAAUAUAAUUUUUUUAUAAAAACCUUGUUUUUUUUAACAAUUAGAAAUUUAGAACUUUAGAAAUUUUUAACUAUGUAAAAAAAUGAAUACUUCUGGAAAUAAUGAGUGUAGUUUGAUAAAAAAAUCAUCCUGUAUAACAGUUUAUAAAUAAAAAAAAUUUUGAGUUUUUCAAAUUUUCUUUAGUAUGGAUAUUUCUUUAAUAAUAUUGUUUUGAUUUGCUUUAAUCAAGUAUAUCAAUAAUCCCAAAUUGAUUUAAACACAUUAUUCUUAUGUUUCUCUAAUUGCUGUGAACUCAUGUUUUAUUAUUGCAGGUAUUAUGUUUCUCUUACAUCAUAUUUAUGAGUUUCUCUUGCUCUUUAGGUAAUGUCUAAGGCUUUUUAAGAUUUUAUAAAUCUUUAUUCUACUAUUAAUCAGAGCCGUAUAGGUGCACAUAAGGGGUGCUAAGGAGUUACUAGCGCCCCAGGCUUCAAAUCAGCACCCUCAGUUUCCUUGUAAAAUUUAUUUUAGUACUUGACCAAUGACCAAUCAUUUGAAAAUUAUUGUGAUUUAUUGGAUUGGAAUAUUUUUUUUUCCAUUACAAAUAGACAAUACGUAGACAUGUAGUUCACGAAUUUACGAUUAAAAAUAUAUUGUAUAAAUACAAGUUUCAGUUUUGGUCUAAAUGUUAAACAAUAAACAACAAUUAAAUUAUAGAAAUUCAUAUUAUUUUAAAAACCAAUAUAAUUAUAAUUCGUUUCUAAAUGUCUAUAAAUUAGUUCAAGCGGAAAUGACAAUUCCAAUUUCUUCUUCGACGUGUGAAUAUUUCUUCUUAACUAUGAGUACAUUAGAAAAAUUGGUUACGCACCAGUAUGAGUCAAGAAAGAUUUACCAAGCUAUUUACCCUUAGCAUUGAGAGAGAUCUUACUAAAAAAAAUAGUUAGGGAAAUUCUAUUGCAAAAAUUUGCAUUAUCAAACAGAGAAUUAAAUAUUGUUUAACAUUAGUGAUUACGUCAUAUUAUUAUAUAAAUACUUUUAAAUAUUUAUUUUUAUUUUCUAAUAUUAAUUAUAAAAUUUUUAAAUAUUUUUAAUAGAGUUUAUUAUAGUAUUAGGGGGAUGUGAGGCAAAACCUCCCACGGAUCUGUGUACCGUUAAUUAUUUCAGCACCUAACCUAACCUGCCAAAAAUUCUCACCUAAUGUGUGACUAUGCCAAACUCGUGCUUGGGAUCUACCAAAAUAUGAAUAUUUUCGAGGUAUUGAGGGUGAAUACAAUAAUAAAGAACAUUUGUAUACCACAAUACGUCUUGCUGGGCCCUAGAAAUCUAAAGGCGUAAGUAAAACCAAGAAAAUCGCAAAAAAAGUAAGCCGCUAAGUUGUUGCUGGUGACCGGUCAAAAUAUCUUUAAACAAAAAUAUUUUCGAACAUAAUAUCUUUUUAUUUUAUUUUUAUCACCUUAUUACAUAUAAUUGUAUCUCUGGUUUAAAUUGUAUAUUUUAUUGUAGAAAUAUAAUAUUUUAAUGUAGUUGUUCGUAGUCUGCAACACAAAAACUGGCCGGUGAUCCCCGUCACUAUAGACUAUAUAGGUAUUUCAUACGUAUCCACUAUACAUAUUAUGCUAUUAAGAUAAAAAUGGUAAAGGCCUUAUCGGUUUAUUAGGUAUAACUUAACUAGCUAGAAAUUUUAGCAGAUUAAUGAUAAUUUUGUCAUAAGAGUUUUACUCGUCAUUCGUCAAUUGACGUACUUGGCCUUUGAUUUUUUUUCUUCAAUAUGACUCUUACUUUUAUUAAAAGUCAAAAAGGUAAUAACCUAUUAUUACAAAAUGGAUAUCUCCAUAUUUUUUAUAGUACCUAAUGGUAAAAAUAAAUAUAUUUGGCGCUGUACUGAAUAUAAUAAAUAUAAAUGCAGUUCGUGUUUUACAAGUACCAAAGAUGAAACAGGUAAAUAAUACUAUUGUAUUAUAUAAAUACUAUAAUUUAUUGAGUAUGUUAAUUUAUAUAAAUGAUAUAUUAUUAUUUAUAGGCACAAUACUAAAGGAAUCUUGUCAUUCACAUGCGCCAAAUGGUGUCAAUAUUCAAGUUAGGGAACUUAUGGAAAAAAUUAAAGAUAAUGCAAAAAGUAAUCAAGUGUGCACAAGAAAUUUAAUAAGUGAAGCUGUUGCUACUGUUCCACUAGUUGUUGCUGCUCAAUUACCAAGUCAAUCACUGAUUUCUCGAACCAUCCGUAGAGUAAGGUCCUGCAAAGAUCAAGUUUGUCCUCAAAAUCCAUUAACAGUUAACGAUUUAAAUAUAGGAACCUCUUGAAUACCAAUUAGUUAAUAAUAAACAAUUUUUACUUUAUGACAAUAAAAACGAAAAAAGAAUUUUGAUUUUUUCGACGAUUAAUAAUUUAAAAAUACUUAAAAACUGUAAUAUUCGGAUGGCAGAUGGGACAUUUCGGACAGUUCCAAAAUUGUUUUCACAAUUAUAUACCAUACACGUCUGUUAUAACCAAAUAACUUAUGCAGUUGUUUACAUAUUAAUGACUAAUCGUACAAAACAAUCGUAUAUAGAAAUUUUAAAUGUUUUAAAAAGAUUUGAACCGGAUUUAAAUCCAAGCACUAUUAUGAUUGAUUUCGAACAACCAUUUAUAUUAGCAUUUACAGACGUAUUUCCCAAUUCGGAAAUAAAAGGAUGUUUUUUUCAUUUUCAACAAUGUCUAUGGCAUAAAAUACAAGAAAAUGGAUUACAAAAUAUGUACGCUGAAGAUGCAGAAUUUUCAUUACAAAUUCGACAUCUUUGUGCACUUGCUUUUGUUCCAAUAAAUAAAACUAUAAAAUAUUUUGAUGAUUUAGUUGAAUCAAAUUAUUAUGUGGAAAAUGAAAAUAUGUUAUCACCAAUGAUUAACUAUUUUGAGGACACUUACAAAAAAACAAUAUCUUAUUGAAAACAAUUUCUGAUGUGUUCAUUAGGUGUAAUCAGAAAUCCCCUAAGCGGCUAAACUAUACCUCACUGACCACUGUUGACGCACAA